AAACAUUUGUUUUUCUUCAAUAUGCUCAGUGUACUUUUUCUCUCUCUUUCUCUCUCUUGAUUUCAUCUGUAACAAGUUGUCAAGGGCGUGUGUUUGCCCCACGCCAACUUGGGAGUUGGGACACUAUUCUAUUUAAUUUAAUUUUAUUCGUGGAGAGAGGGUCUUAACUCUUCUCUUCUUCUUAUGCUUCAUUCAUGUUGCUUAAUGCAUGGUUUCCUAAGGGGAACAAAGCUUGUCAUUUGCCUCUUACUUUUUCCUGUUUGCAAAUUUAUUUGCUCUCACUCUGUUUCUACUGGAGUUGUUCAAAUUGGAGAAAGAGUUUUAUUCUCUACGUAGAGUUUGGUAGAUAAAGAUAACAUUUUUGAGAAUUGAGAUAAUGCCAGUUCCACUUGCCCCUUACCCGACACCCCUUCCACCAGCUCCAUAUGCGCCUCCACCAAAUGGUGCACAGAGUCAACUUGUCUGUUCUUGGUGUAGAAAUCUUCUGCUCUAUCCAGUUGGAGCCACCUCUGUGUGCUGUGCUGUUUGCAAUGCAGUCACAACAGUACCACCUCCUGGCAUUGAAAUGGCCCAGUUAGUUUGUGGAGGUUGUCACACUUUCCUCAUGUACAUCCGUGGAGCCACAAGUGUGCAAUGUUCUUGUUGUCACACGAUCAAUCUAGCCUUGGAAGCAAAUCAGGUGGCACAUGUUAACUGUGGGAACUGUAAGAUGCUACUCAUGUACCAAUAUGGAGCAAGAUCCGUUAAAUGUGCAGUAUGCAGUUUUGUAACAUCAGUUGAGUGUUACUGAAUGAUGCAGGUCUCAACAAGCACUACUGAGCAGAAAUUCAACACCUAAUCCUACUGUAAAAUUCGUUACAGACAUCGCAAGAAUCGCAACCUUGGUUUUAAUAGUUUAGUAUCGCCCUUGAGGAACAACUAGUGCAUAUGAAAAGGCAGGGAAAAUUCUCUUCACGUGUACAGCUAUUUUUCUCUUGAGUGAAGUAAUUAAAUAAUUUUGGUAUUAUUGGUGUACCAUGUAAUGCCUUAUUUGUAAGCCUCAAAAUUAAGGAAUCAGUCUUGCCCCUACAAUGUUAGUGACACUUUAUAGUUCUUCAAUAAAUAAAUAUAAAAAAAAAGUUAUUUGGAA